UUGGACUAAGUAAAUUUCAAAGCGUGGCUGGCCAGAAAGUUAAAAGGUAAAAAUAAGUCGUUUUUGUACAUAAAUAUAAAAAAAAAAAAUAGUUUUCAUAAUUUAAAAAAGUUUAAGUAAACUUUCCUAAAUUAAUGUAAAAAAGAAUACCACCUAAAUUUGAUUCUAGAAAAGAUUUAUUAGGAAAGAAAGACAACACGGAAACUUUCAUUGGCCACCACAUACUACUACAAUCAUAAUUUCUAUUCACUGAAGUCAAUUUUUUUAAUCCUUAUUCCGGAAUUUCGAAAAUGAGUAGCUCUGAGGAAGUGUCCUGGGUUACAUGGUUUUGUGGUUUGAGAGGAAAUGAAUUCUUUUGCGAGGUUGAUGAGGAUUAUAUACAAGAUAAAUUUAAUUUAACUGGGCUAAAUGAGCAGGUUCCUAAUUACAGACCAGCUCUCGAUAUGAUUUUAGAUUUAGAACCUGAGGACGAAUUGGAAGACAAUCCGCAUCAAUCUGAUAUGACAGAACAAGCUGCUGAAAUGCUUUAUGGAUUAAUACAUGCUAGAUAUAUAUUAACUAAUCGUGGUAUUGCCCAAAUGAUAGAAAAAUACCAAACAGGAGAUUUUGGUCAUUGUCCUCGAGUUUAUUGUGAAAGUCAACCUAUGCUCCCUUUAGGCUUGUCAGAUAUACCUGGUGAGGCAAUGGUAAAAACAUAUUGUCCAAAGUGUAUUGAUGUUUAUACUCCGAAAUCUUCGCGACAUCAUCAUACUGACGGGGCUUAUUUUGGUACUGGUUUUCCUCAUAUGCUUUUUAUGGUUCAUCCGGAAUAUCGUCCUAAAAGACCAACAAACCAAUUUGUUCCAAGACUAUACGGCUUCAAAAUUCAUAGCUUAGCUUAUCAAAUUCAAUUGCAAGCAGCGGCCAACUUCAAAAUGCCAUUAAGAGCGCAGCGUACCAAUAAUAGAGAAGAAGAUGGUGAAACACCUCAAGAACGUCAGGGAAGAACAUAGACUUCUUUACCAAACUUUUUAUAUACAAAUAUAUUUAAUUUUUAAGCUAAAAAUAUAAACAAGCUCAAUGAUAAUGAAGCAAAUUAUUGUUAAUUGUAGCUAAAAUUAAAAAAUUUUCUUAAAAAAACUUCCGUUUACCACUAUUAGAAUUAAAAAUGCUUCACAAAUAAAAAAUUUUGCAAAAUUUAGAAA